GCCACUUUCCUUUUAUAUUUCAGGUCCAUUUUCAACCUUCUUCCAAUAGCUAGUCAGAGAAACAAAGAAAGAUGGCAAAUCUUAACGUGCUUUUACCUAUUCUGCUGAUUCUUCUCACUGUUUCUUCAGAGAUAAAAGUGAUUGAAUGUGAACGAAUUUUUACCAUGAUAAACUAUUGCAAAGAGACAAUAUGGCCUGCAAUCUUCCCAGGUAGUAAUUUCAACGGAGGUGGAUUUGUAUUGAGAUCAGGUCAAGCCAUUGUGUUCGAAGCCCCAGUUAGUUGGGAUGGCCGGAUAUGGGCUCGAACCGGUUGUAAUUUUGACAAAAAUGGUAAUGGAUCAUGUCAAACGGGGGCCUGCGGCACAUCACUCAAGUGUGGGGCUUCAGGUCAAACCCCUGCUUCACUAGCUGAAUUCAAUCUUCCAGGAGGACUGGAUUUCUAUGAUGUUAGCCUUGUGGAUGGGUUUAAUGUGCCAAUAGUUGUUACACCAAUUAAUGGCAAAGGAAAUUGCAGUAUUGCUGGUUGUGAUAUGGAUCUAAGGUCCAGUUGCCCAUCCGAGCUCGCCGUGAAAUCUAACGGAAAGGUUAUCGCUUGCCGGAGUGCUUGUGAUGUGUUCAAUACUGACGAGUAUUGUUGUAGAGGAGUCUAUGGGAAUCCUGUAACAUGUAAGCCUACAUUUUAUUCCAAGAAGUUCAAGGAAGCAUGCCCGACUGCUUAUAGUUAUGCAUAUGAUGAUCCCACCAGCAUUUUUACCUGCUCUGGAACUGAUUAUAUCAUCAGCUUCUGUGCAUUUAGGAAUCAACAAUCUUGCACGUAUCAUGAUCACAAGCUUGUUUGCGGUGGUGGGUCUCGUUCUCAAGGAUUAAAAUUGUCGAUUGGAAGAUGGUGGCCUCUGAUGCGCGUUAAUUGGUGGAUUGUAUAGUAUUUAACACACAUCUUUUGGUUUUUGAUUAAGCAGAGCCUAGUGCUUCUCAUUCUUUGAUGAUUAAGAUUGCCUUUUACUACGUGUGAAAUGAUUUGCUCUUCUCUUUUCCAGAGAAGUGUCUAAUUCAAUUUUAAAAUAAUUAAUAAAAUUAUCAUAAACAAAUU